AUGGACUCUUCCGGAACAGACUCAGUCGUUGCCGGCAACGAAUCUUGGUGGACGUCCACCGUCACUUCUGCACCACCACCGCCGCCGCCAUACCCCAUCUCCUCUUGCAUUAUCCCCGCGCCCGUGCCUGCACCGGAUCCCUUGCAAUUUGCCUUUGGCCACUCGGUUCCAGUCACCUUUGGCUACGACCCCGUCACCGCUGCUCCAAUCGCACUGCCUCCUCACAAUUGGUCACCGCCACUGCAGACAAGCCCCCCAUUGGGAAGCGCAGCACCACUGGAGUCCCGUAUUCCAACAACGACUGCCCCGGGGCCGCUUUCUGUCCCUGUUACGACAAGCCAAGACGAGAUGGCUGCCCUGGGGUUAGGCCAUGCGGUUCCCUUCAUGGAUCCAACAGAUUACCUCUUUGCAAGUGAACCACAUCCGGGUUAUGCGCAUCCUCUCCCCCCUGCCGCAGAUUUAACUUCUACCGACACGUCCACCAACCCACACCUGUACAGUCUUGGGCAAUUGCCUUCUGUGCAUCUUUCUCGAAGGCCAGGCUCUACGAUAGCUACCCCUUCAUCCUCUUCUGUCUACCCCGCUACUCUUGGGUCACCUUCACCAAGCAUUCAUAGCUCCAAUUCAAACAAGCGAAAAGGCCUGUCGCCCACCUCUCCAGCCGCGGACUCUGCUGGAGCGGGAGGUGAUGAUGACCAAGCUGCCAUCAAGAGGCAGCGAAACACCAUUGCGGCGCGAAAAUAUCGGCAAAAACGUUUAGACCGAAUCUCCGAUCUUGAAAAGGAUCUAGGUGACAUGACCAAGGAACGAGACGACUUGAAGCUCCAGUUAGCGAGGAGGGAAGCCGAGGUAGAAGCCCUUCGAGAGAUGUUGUUACGGAAAUGA